AUGCUAGAUGAAAGAGGACAACUUACAACAAAUAACAAAAGAUCAUCAGCAGAAUCCGUCGAAACAAAUAAAAUCGCCAGAAAGAUGGCAAAGGAAGACAUCAGAAAACACAAUGAGCAAAUUGCGCAGGAAGUACUGAAACAACACAAAAGGACGAAAGUGUUCAGAAGACUAACGACGAACACAAAGAAAGAAAUUGUCAGAAUCAAAGACAAAAUAGGACAAAGAAUCGAGGGAAGACACGAAAUUAUAAGAACGGUACAAGAAUUCUAUGCAGACCCAUACGAGACGAAAGUAACUAGCGACAUAUCCGAACAAGACCAGGAAGUGAAAGUCAUGAACGUCAACUCUGAAGACAUACCUGAGAUUACAAAAGACGAAAUCAGACUAGCAUUACAUCAUAUGAAAAACGGGAAAGCAGCAGGCGAAGAUGGCAUAUUAACGGAGAUGUUAAAGCAAGGUGGAGAUAUACUAGAGGACCAAUGCUGUUCAACAAAUACCUGA